AUGAGCAAUAAUCGUCAAUCUGCUACUGGUCCAGCAGCACGAACAUGUCAGUUUAAAAUGGUUCUAUUAGGUGAAUCCGCUGUUGGUAAAUCAUCCUUGGUACUUCGUUUUGUUAAAGGACAAUUUCAUGAAUAUCAAGAAUCAACUAUAGGUGCAGCAUUUCUUACUCAAACUGUAUCUGUUGAUGAUACAACAGUUAAACUUGAAUUAUGGGAUACAGCUGGACAAGAAAGAUAUCAUUCAUUAGCUCCAAUGUAUUAUCGUGGUGCUCAAGCUGCAAUUGUUGUUUAUGAUAUAACAAAUGCAGAUACAUUUAGUCGAGCUAAAGUAUGGGUUAAAGAAUUACAACGUCAAGCAGCACCAAAUAUUGUUAUUGCUUUAGCUGGUAAUAAAGCUGAUUUAGCUACUAAACGACAAGUUGAAGGUGUUGAUGCUCAAACAUAUGCAGAAGAAAAUGGUUUAAUAUUUAUGGAAACAUCAGCUAAAACAUCAAUGAAUGUUAAUGAUAUAUUUAUGGCCAUAGCAAGAAAAUUACCCAAAACUCAAGAUACAUCAAACGCAAGUGGUGGACGAGGGCGUAGUAAUGAUGGUCAAUCAAUUCAAGUUAAUCGAUCGUCAAAUCAAAGGGUAGCUGGAAAUGAUAGUGGAUGUUGUGGUAGCAAGUAA